GGAAUAUCAUGUACAAUGGACUUUGUUCGGGGGGGCUAUAUCAUCCUGUCCAGAUGUGAGCUCCCAGUUACAGACAACUCGCUUUCAGCAGAGAACACUGUCACUUCUCGGACUUGUACAUCCAACCCAACCGCAGACAUGAAUGCAAAAUACACUUUGGCACUGAUCCUGGCUCUGCAGGUCUCCAUGAGCCUGUGUGAGGUUACCCAACCAUCCCAGGAACUUGUUGACAAGUAUGAUGCCAUGACUGUCUUCUACAAGAGGCUGCUGGAACGCUUUCAGCAAAGUGCAGGUUGCCGCUGCCUCCCAUGCUGGAGAAUGCCGGAACUAGUGAGGCGUGGCCAGGCUGCCAAGGACUACUUAGAGGUCCUGCAGACUAAGCCCGAGUUUAAAGCCGUCGUCAAAGUUGCCACCGGCAUGGCACAGGAGGUAUCUCCCCUGGUGGACCAGGUCCGUUCCGCACUGCUGGGUCUGUACGAACAUCACGUGCGCCCCCAAGUUGGAAACCAUCUGAGCGACGCCAUCGACUCCAUCAAGGUCUACCUGGACCAAUACAUGCCCGCAGAGUAAAGAAGAGCAACUGCAGCUAGCCUCGUGUCAGCAGCCUGUUAGAGAUGAUAGAUCAUAGAAACAAACACACGUUUAUGCUGAGAAGAGCAAUGCACAAUGCAAAAAAUACUAUCUUUUUGAGUUUCAAACAGGGUGAAUAUCCCCUAUGCUAACUGUGCAUGUUAAGUGUUUCAUACACUGACCAACGUGUCUGUGUGACUGUGUAUGUAUAUGUGUGAGUGUGUUCAUUAAAAUGAACUGGAAACUA